GGCAGCCGGGGCGGCGCGGCGGGGCCGCGGCGGGCGGGCGCGGGUAUAUGGCGGCGGCUCUGUCCGCCCUGGCUGCCAGGGUCUCCCAGUCGGCCGCUGCCAGGUCCUACGGGGUCUUCUGCAAGGGGCUGACCAGGACCCUCCUCAUCUUCUUCGACCUGGCCUGGAAGCUCCGCAUCAACUUCCCCUACCUCUACAUCGUCGCCUCCAUGAUGCUCAACGUGCGGCUGCAGGUCCAUAUUGAGAUCCACUGAUUUGUGGCUUGGUAUGCCACUUGUGCUCUAUGUUGGAACUAAAGUCAGUCACGUUCUUCAACUCAGCCUGUCAUGAAACAGCGAAGCUAUGCUUGUCUCUUGUAGGAAUAUGGUGAAAGAAGACUUAAACCAGAAACAAGUAUAUGAAAGUGGCCCAGGUUAUUGCAAGGCAGCAACUCACCUUACACACAGGCAUUCUUUGUUGAACAACUCUCAAAAUCACAGUAGCAGUUUACGAAAAGAAUUACUUUAUUUUAAGGUCAGGAAUUGUUCAGUCUUUAAUACUAUACCUUUGCAUUAUAUCAGCAAGAAAAUGCUCCCAAGUUUGAGUGAAUCAGCAGUGAGAAACUCAAGUACAGCUGCUUCUUCAAAGGAUUCACUUUGUCUGGAUUUUUCUUCUGAGAAAGACAGACUUGAUAAGGUUUCUCUCUGCAUUAACAGUACUUCAGUAAAGAGCUGGAUGGAGAAAGUUUGUUUUGCUAGAGACUUGAGUAGCUGGUGCUGUCCAGGAGACAACAUUGUAUGUUUUGCACGUUUCUGGCUGUCAAAGUUGCAGUAUAAUCCAAACCUGUGGUCUCUGGAAUUGGAAAGGAGUGGCAGCAUACAGAAUAAAUUGCAGCUUCCAUUUCCUGAAGAAUUAGAAUUUGGUGGACUUUCUGGUCUUUAUUCUAUUCUAGUUGCCUCACUGAGUGAAUAUACUGUGGGACUCUUAAACAACCAGAAACCAUGUUUUUUUCUUUGUUACUUAAGCCUUGUAUCUUCAGAGCAAACAAUUGGAUACAAGAAAAUGCUUUCAAACAUAAAAUGUGUGACAAAUAAUUUUCUCAUCAUACAGCUAGUAACUUUUGUGCUAACUUUUGCACUAGCAAGUCUCUGGUAUGCAGUAGCAAAGGUAAAAAAGUACUGAAAUUUUAAUUACUAUUUUUAUCAUUAAUAGAAUUAAACUGAUUUAAUUAGAGACAAGGUUACAGUUAAGGUUUUAGUGAGAAGUAGACAGCUAAAGUAAAAUAAUGUGUGUAACUGCUAGUAAAACUGGCUAUUGAAUAGCAGGGAUUAUUUUUAAUAUGGAAUAUCUGCCUCUGAGUGAAAAGAAUCUUAAAACUGUGUGGGACUUCUACAGGUCUCCUAUUAACACUAGACUAGAACUCUAUUUGACUCUUUAGUAUGGAUCCUUUGUUUCUGUAUUUGCUGAGUGCUGUGGCUACUGUUUACAAUCAUUUCUAAUGAAACUUUCUUGUAGAAUGGAAUUCCUACUCUGUGAAUCCAACAGCAACAACUAGUCAUUAAAACACCUAGAACUGGAAAGCUAUUGAGAAAAAGGUUGGGGGAGGCCUUCAGCAUAGCAUAAUUUUCAGCAGUGUAUUUUUCAAAUAUGGUACUGCUGUAAUUUAAACAAUAUCUCAUGAAUUUCAUUGGGCUGCAGUUAAAUGGGCACACUAUAAAUAAUUUUGUAAAGGAACAUUUCAUUUCCUUGAAAAAGAUUAUCACUUUGGCAGAGUGGAGCAAGCCUGUUGAAAUCAAUAGAGCUACUUGUGAAUAAGAAUUUUCAGGAAUGUGUUCCAUUGGGCAGUUAGAUGGGGAAACUUAAUGUGCAAUAGGUCAAACUUAGUGACUUAGUGUGCUGUGGACUUGCCUGAAGAGGGAAAUAUUGAUAUGGUGAGUUGGAUGCAUGUCAGCUUGCUCUUCACUGAAUUCAAAGUGAGGACUAGAUGCAGAGUAAACUUAAGCUAGUGAUCUAUACACUAAGCAUCCCUUUUGCUUCUAGCUUACUUCACUUAGGAAACAAAAUAAGCAAUGUUGCAUUCAGUCUGAGUUGCAUUCACCUUGAAAGUCAGUAGAGUUUCUAGUGUAGCAUUUCUUUGCUUGUUAGCUCACUGCACAAAAGCCUUAUGUAAGAAGCCUGACAUUAUGAAGAUGAACUGCUAGUUAUCAAUGUUAUGGGAAGAAAUAUUAGCUUUUUUAAAGCAUAGGUGAGUGCUGAAAGUAAGAUAUGCCAGUUCUUGUGUUAAAUGAUAUUUUGUGUUUUUUAUUAUCCCCAUUGAUUGGCUAUUUCUUCUGGAUGCUAGAAGAGAUUAAAAGCCAUUUGUUUUAAUUUAGACUAA